AUCCCAAAGCCCGGAGCCGCGCCGGCAGCCAGGGAAGCACAGGUUUUGGGCAUGGGGCGGUGAAGAACGAGGACACCUUCAAGACCUCCCCGUUUCAUUUUGAUCUGUGGUUCUACUUCACUCUGCAGAACUGGGUGCUGGACUUCGGGCGCCCCAUCGCGAUGAUAAUCCUACCUUUGGAGUGGUUUCCUCUAAACAAACCAAGUGCUGGAGAUUAUUUCCACAUGGCUUACAAUGUUAUCACACCAUUUCUUCUGCUAAAGCUCAUCGAGAGAUCCCCCAAGACCUUACCGAGAUCAAUGGUCUACGUCAGCAUCAUCAUGUUUGUCAUGGGAGCCAGCAUCCACUUGGUCGGAGACUCCGUAAACCAUCGCCUGAUUUUCAGCGGCUACCAGCACCAUCUGUCUGUAAGAGAGAAUCCCAUCAUCAAGAACCUGAAGCCAGAGACACUGAUUGAUUCCUUUGAGCUGCUGUACUACUACGAUGAAUAUUUAGGUCAUUCGAUGUGGUACAUCCCUUUUUUCCUGAUACUGUUUAUAUAUUUCACCGGCUGCUUCACCCCUGUUGAAGAGGAGAGCAGGAUGCCAGUGCCCGCCCUGCUGCUGAUGGGGCCCAGGAACCUUUUUUUUCGUAAAAGCUGGCAGGAGAAAGCAGCGCAGCUCUGUCUGGAUGUAGAGCAGGGAGAAGGGCGAGACGCUGACCCCAGGUACCUCGUGACGGAGGGUCAGAUUUUCAUCCUCUACAUUUUCACUUUCUUUGCCAUGAUGGCUUUAGUGAUGCACCAGAAACGCAAAGGACUCGUCCUGGACAGCAAUGGGCUUUUUCUCUUCUACUCCUUCAUCAUCACACUGGUCCUCAUCGCUGUUUGGGUGGUUUGGCUGUGGAAUGACAAAAUUCUCAGGAAGAAGUACCCUGGCGUGAUCUAUAUCCCCGAGCCGUGGGCGUUUUACACCCUGCACAUGAACAACCUCCAUGCAGCAAAGGAAAGUUUAUAAGUUUUGAUAUUUUAGAGCGAUUUGAAGAAAAGAAAAAAAAAAAAAAUCUAGUUUUUCUAAUGUAGAUGUAUUUCAA